UCUCUUCAUCUCUAUCAAAAUCCAUUUCUUCCAUUUCUUCUCAUUCACCAUGACUGUGGAGGUUCAAGUUCCAGAAACCCAGUUGCCAGAAUCUGUCACCGUUAAAGCAGACAAUGAAUCGAAUCCCGCCGUACUUCUUAAAAGUUCCUCUUACAGGGAAGAAAGCAAUUUUCUUUCUGAUCUAAAACAUCACGAGAAAGAUGCAUUAAACGAGCUUAAAUUGAAGCUUGAAGAAGCCAUAAUCGGAAACACCCUGUUCAAGAAACAGGGUACUGAAGAAGAAGAAGAAGAAGAGGAGGGGAAAGUUGAUAAAGAAAUCUCUCUAUGGGGUAUACCUCUUUUACCCAGCAAAAUCCAUGAAUCAACAGAUGUAAUCCUCUUGAAAUUUCUUAGAUCUAAAGAGUUCAAAUCAAAUGAUGCAUUUGAAAUGUUGAAGAAAACCCUCCAAUGGCGUAAGGAAUUCAAAGCAGAUUCACUCUUAAAUGAAGAACUCACAUUCGAUCUCCCAGUUUCAGCUUACAUAAACGGAACUGAUCGUGAAGGACACCCGAUCUGUUUCAACUCAUUCAUUGGAUCACUCGAAAACGAGGAGCUUUAUCAGAAAUCAUUUGGAACAGAGGAAAACAGAGAAAAAUUCAUAAGAUGGAGAGUACAGUUGAUGGAAAAGGGGAUCAAGAAGCUUCAUUUCAAGGCUGAUGGAAUCAAUUCAUUAAUUGAAAUCAAUGAUAUGAAGAAUUUGUUAUCCCCAUCAAGGAAAGAACUUCGAAUAGUCACAAAACAAGCUGUCAAUCUUCUUCAAGAGAAUUACCCAGAAUUUGUUGCUAGAAAUAUAUUCAUUAAUGUACCAUUCUGGUAUUAUGCUUCCAAUACCCUUUUGUCUACUUUCCUAACUCAAAGAACUAAGAGCAAAUUCAUCUUCGCCCGACCCGGGAAAGAAACCGAGAUCCUACUCAAGUAUAUUUCAAUAGAGGAAAUUCCAAUUGAAUAUGGGGGUUUUAAAAGAGACAAUGAUUUUGAAUUCUCAAUUGAAGAUGAUGUGUCUGAGCUCAUUCUCAAAUCUGGUUCUAUUGAAACUAUUGAAAUUCCCACACCAGAGGCUGGAAGCACAUUUAUCUGGGAUUUAACAGUUUUGGGAGGGGAAGUGAAUUACAAGGAGGAAUUUGUGCCAAGUGAUGAGGGUUCUUAUAGUGUGUUAGUACAAAAAGAAAAGAAGGUGAACAUGAAUGAGGGGUCGAUUCGGAACACUUUCAAGAACAACGAGGCUGGGAAAAUUGUGUUGACGAUAGAGAAUGCGUCGAGCAAGAAGAAGAAGGUUUUGUACCGAUAUAAGUUGAAGAAGAGUGUUUGUUGAUUGAAUGUUUUUGAUUUGUUUUUCUUCUAUAUUCAUUGUGGUUGGGGAAAUUAUUUUUUGUUAUGAACUUUGAAUAUUGUUUUUGUGAAGAUUGAGUAUCUAUUAUGUAUUCAAAUGAUUAAUGAUUAAAUAUUAUGUUUUCAAAUCAAUCAAACAUAGUAUCCUAAAAUUACUUCACA